UCUUCCUCCGCCCUUUCCCCCUCCAUCGGCGUCCGCAUAAUCGCACCGCACCAUCGCCAUCAACAAAACCCCCCGAAGAAACCCUAGGAGAGGAGGAGUCACCCCCUCCCGCGAGGAGGAGGAAGGAGAAGGAAAAGGAGAAGGAGGAGAAGAGCUUCAUUAAUGGCGGGGGAGGAGGAGAAGCCGCUGCGGGGGAUCGCGGAAGCCUUCGAGGGCCUCGCGGAGACGGCGAGGGCGAAGGCUCCCUCGUCGGCUAUGGAGGUAGCCCCCUUCGCCCGCGCCUGCGCCCACGUCUCCGUCCUCUUCGGGUGCCUCGGCAUUGCCUUCAAGUUCGCCGAGAUGGAUUACGUCUCCAAGGUGGAUGAUCUGCUGGAGGCAUCAAAGUCUAUUUCAACAUUGCAAUCUAUGCUUGAUUUAGACGUGGAGCACAACCGUGUGAGAGAAGCUGGUAGCCACACUAGGAACCUUCUCAGAGUGAAGCGUGGACUCGACAUGGUUAAAGUGCUGUUCGAGCAAAUUUUAGUAUCAGAGGGCAAUUCUCUGAGGAAUGCGGCAUCAGUAGCUUAUGCUGAAGUGUUUUCUCCUCAUCAUGGAUGGGCCAUUAGGAAAGCAGUUGCUGCAGGAAUGUAUGCACUUCCCACUAAGUCACAGCUCUUGAAGAAGCUAAAUGAAGAUGAGGCCUCAGCAAAGAAUCAGAUGCAGAAUUACAUAACGGCAUCUGCAGCGGUCAUUCUCUACGUGGAAGACCUUUUUACCUCAAGACAACUGGGCCUAGAUUGGUGAGCUUGGUCCACUUCCUGCGAUCUUUAUUCUAACUUUAUUUUGAUCUCAAUAAUGUUUUAUAUGGAGAUCUGAUCAGGCUUAGAUCUUCAGAGUUAACUCUUUGGUGUACCACAUUGUAACAUUUAUUACAUGUCUUAACUUAUAUAAAGGCAAUCUAGGCAUUUCAUCAGCGAACAAGAGGUCUGUUUGGAUCUGAUGCCUAAGAUUGAUUAUGCUUACCAGUUAGACCACUAGGUGGUGGUUCUUUUGAUCUUACUGUAUACUUCUUUUAGUUCGAAUAGUGCUAUUUGUAUGGAAUCCACAUCUUUACAUACUUUAAACAAGAAAUUUGAUCAUUCUGGCGUCA